AACUCUCUUUCUCUCUCUCUAAAAGUCUUAAUUUUUUUGCACUUUUUUCUCUCUCUAGAAAGAAGUGUCGGUUCCGACAUGAACGCUGUAGCGCCGCCGCAGCUCGUCUACGGCGGAAUCGACCCCGUCCGCUUGUCUUUCCCGCGCUCUAACAGAGUCUCUAUUCGCACUCGAACGAGACCGGUACUCGCCGUCGCAACCGAACCUAAGCCCAGUCGUAAUGUGCCGCCCCAGCCCUCUCCUUCAAACAACAACAUCAACGGCUCCUCCAAGCCCCUGUCAUCUAAAAAAUCCGUUAACGGAAGGAUGGGAGAAGUUUCACAGGAAAUAAAAAGAGUAAGAGCACAAUUGGAAGAAAAUGAACAGUUGGCUAUACUAAUGAGAGGACUUCGUGGCCAAAACUUACGAGAUUCACAGUUUGCUGAUGACAGCAUUCGGCUUCGGUUGGUUGAGGUUGAUGAAAGCAGUGAGUUCUUACCUUUGGUAUAUGAUCCGGAAAGCAUCUCUGUGUACUGGGGAAAACGCCCACGUGCUGUUGCAACUCGUAUUAUACAGUUACUAUCUGUUGCUGGUGGUUUCCUCUCACGUCUGGCUUUGGAUAUCAUAAACAAAAAGGUCAAAGAGAAUGAAGUUGCUAGAGCUAUUGAAUUAAGGGAAAUUGUUACUUCUUUGGGCCCAGCGUAUAUAAAACUUGGGCAAGCAUUGAGCAUUCGACCAGAUAUACUUUCCCCUGUUGCAAUGAUUGAGCUGCAAAAGCUUUGUGAUAAGGUUCCUUCAUUUCCAGAUGACAUAGCAAUGGCUCUUAUUGAAGAGGAACUUGGUCAGCCAUGGCAAGAAAUCUACUCUGAACUUUCCUCUUCACCAAUAGCUGCUGAUAUAAAUAUUUUAAAUUGUUGUGGGAUAUCUAUGGCAGCAUCUCUUGGACAGGUAUAUAAGGGACGCCUGAAAGAAAAUGGAGAUCUGGUGGCUGUCAAGGUGCAGAGGCCUUUUGUUCUUGAGACAGUUACUGUUGAUUUAUUCAUUAUAAGGAACUUGGGUCUGGUGCUCCGGAAGUUUCCUCAGAUCUCUAUAGAUUUGGUUGGAUUGGUUGAUGAAUGGGCUGCUCGAUUUUUUGAGGAGCUAGAUUAUGUUAAUGAAGGUGAAAAUGGACAACUCUUUUCUGAAAUGAUGCGAAAGGACCUUCCACAGGUUGUUAUACCAAGGACCUAUCAGAAAUAUACGUCAAGAAAGGUUCUUACUACAGAAUGGAUCGAAGGAGAAAAGCUAUCACAAAGUACAGAAAGUGAUGUUGGUGAGCUAGUCAAUGUUGGAGUGAUAUGCUACCUAAAGCAGUUGCUUGAUACUGGGUUUUUCCAUGCUGACCCACAUCCUGGGAAUUUGAUCCGCACUCCUGAUGGGAAGCUAGCCAUUCUUGACUUUGGUCUUGUCACAAAAUUAACUGAUGAUCAGAAGUAUGGAAUGAUUGAAGCAAUUGCUCAUCUUAUUCACAGGGACUAUGCAGAAAUAGUUAAAGAUUUUGUUAAACUUGAUUUUAUUCCUGUGGGGGUUAAUUUGGAACCCAUCCUGCCUGUUCUGGCAAAGGUUUUUGAUCAGGCACUUGAGGGUGGGGGUGCAAAAAACAUCAACUUUCAGGAGCUCGCAUCUGAUUUGGCACAGAUAACAUUUGAUUAUCCAUUUAGGAUACCUCCUUAUUUUGCUCUUAUAAUUAGGGCAAUAGGGGUGUUGGAAGGAAUAGCUUUAGUGGGGAAUCCUGAUUUUGCUAUUGUGGAUGAGGCCUAUCCAUAUAUUGCACAGAGACUCCUCACUGAUCAAUCCCCACGGCUGAGGGAUGCUUUGCGUUACACAAUAUAUGGGAAAUCUGGUGUUUUUGAUGCUGAAAGAUUCAUUGAUGUCAUGCAAGCCUUUGAGAAUUUUAUUACUGCAGCAAAAAGUGGAGGCGGGGAGAAUUUGAGUGGGGAUAUGGCUGAACUAGGCAUUCUACUGAAUCAAGAAAAUUUUACUUUCCCUAGAUUUCUACCAAGUGAAUCUCAAUCAAAGCAGCCUAUUCAAACAAGAGCAGCCUUAGCAUUUCUGCUGUCUGAGAAGGGGAACUUUUUCCGAGAAUUUCUUCUGGAUGAGAUAGUGAAGGGCAUUGAUGCACUUACUAGGGAACAGUUAGUUCAAAUAAUGUCUGUGUUGGGAGUCAGAAAUGCUGCCCCUGUGUUCAGCAUGGUUCCUACAGUUGGACCCUUCAAGCCAGCUGGACUUUUGCCUUCAAUAACUGAAGAGGACAAAAUUAUAUUGAAUAAUGUCCAAAAAAUUCUCGAGUUCUUAACAGCCGGCAGUUCAUUAUCAGCUACUUCAAAUCAGAGUGUGAAUGUUGCUCAGGCUAUCCAAGAGUUGCUUCCAGUGUUGCCAGGCGUAUCUGCCAGGGUGCUUCCUGAGGUGCUCAGUCGGCUAUCAUCUCGGGUAUUAGCACGCUUAAUUCGAGAUACAUUUUUAUAAACAUUUUCGAUAUACGCCAACUGCUUUCCCCAAUUGUGUUUAUAUUUUGUAUAGGGAUAUAAUAUUAUAUUAAAUGCAAUAUAAUUACACGUCUUUCGCA